CGAUAUCGAUGUAAACACAAACAUGUUGAGUGUGAAAAUUGUAUCUGCUCAAAACAAUAUGGAUUUAUAAUAUGAUGACCACCACGAUCUUGUACUUUACAAACUGCUCAACUUGGACACUAGAAUGUGCAACUAGCUAUGCGCUUCUCAUGGGAUAUACAGGAAACAAAAUUUCUGAAAUGUGACAAAGAUCAAACUCCCAUAGGACAGUGCUCGGCACUCACUGUGGUUCAAUGCGGAGUAGAGGAAACAUACUCAGGCGUGUACAACAUAGCCUCAAAUAACGACUUGACUUCUACAACCAUAACCUUAAUAACUUAUAAAGAGGACCUUUCUGGCAAUUACAGCUGCUUCAAGGAUAAUAACGCUGACAGGCAAACUGUUUGCUUAACAACAGAAAGAACAUCAGAACCGUCAACAGGUGCGACGAGCAAUGCCUUUCUUGUCGUUGGUAUCAUAAUUGCAGUUUGCGUGCCAGUGGUUAUUACAGUAAUUAUAUGUUUUAAAUGUAAAAAGCACAUUAAAAUAACAAACCUCAAUGUCUGCUCAAGUAAGAGAUGAACAUCAUAGAGAACUUCAGUGGAAGAACCUUACUAAGCGUAAGGUAUUCUUAAAAAUAGGCUAAACAAACUGGAAGAAGAAUACUGUUUGUACGUUGACGCACAGGCAGGUUUCCGUUCAAAUAUGUGUACUACUGAAAUGUUUCUAUUCUCCACACAUUAACAAAUGCCAUACAACAACCAGACAUUAUUGGAAUGUUUUGUUGAUUACAAUAAGAAUACUACUAGUUAUGAAAGCUGGACGUUUUGAACAUGUCUAACUUGCGACAAAAAACAUCUCCGAUGAUAAUGAUGUAUUGACUAUUUUGCUGUAAUAA